AUGAAGGACACCGACAGCAAUUCCGAGCGCAGUCCCGAACUACGGCGCAACUUUUCCACUUGGUCGAUGCUUGGCUUGGCCUUUGCAGUGCUAAACUCGUGGACAGCUCUCUCGGCCAGUUUAUCAAUCAGUCUGACAUCCGGGGGAAGCACGAGUGUUGUCUGGGGCCUCGUCACAGCUGGCAUAUGUAACCUGUGCAUUGCCGCGUCGCUGGCCGAGUUUCUUUCUGCCUACCCUUCGGCGGGUGGGCAAUAUCAUUGGGUCGCAGUGUCGUGGCCGAAAUGGAUCCCAAUCCUGUCUUGGAUCACGGGCUGGAUCAAUGUCGCCGGAUGGGUCGCUCUCGUUGCAACAAACUCACUUCUCUCUAGCGAGUUGAUCAUGGGAAUCAUAGCUUCCCUGCAUCCAAGCUUUGAGAGUCAACGCUGGCAACAAUUCCUCGUGUAUAUCGGCUUUACACUUGGAGCGUUUGUGAUUAAUGCAUUUGGGAAUUCCAUAUUACCAACAGUUUAUCGCGGUGCUUUCAUCUGGUCGAUCGGUGGUUUCGCCGUUGUAUCUAUCACGGUCCUUGCCUGCGCUUCUCCAGACUAUAACUCGGCAUACUUCGUGUUCUGCGAUUUUGUAAAUAAAACAGGAUGGCCGGAUGGAAUCGCCUGGUUACUCGGAUUAUUACAAGGAGGACUCGGAGUGACUGCAUUUGACUCCGUGGCCCACAUGAUCGAAGAAAUCCCCAAUCCCCGCAGCGAAGGACCAAAAGUGAUGGUAUACUGCGUUGGUAUUGGCACCUUCACCGGUGCCAUAUUUCUCAUAGUAUUACUGUUCGUGGCCGGUGAUAUCAACGCAAUUACCAGCUCAAAGGCCGGGCCUUUGUUGCAGAUUCUUAUACACGCAACGAAUAAUACUGCUGGGGCUAUUUGCUUGUUGAUGCUGCCGCUCGUUUGUCUUGCAUUUGCGACAACAAGUGUUAUGACGACGAGUAGUCGGAUGAUUUAUGCGUUUUCCAGGGAUGGUGGAUUGCCGGCAUCGCGAUGGCUUGCCCAAGUCCACCCUCGAAUGGGAUUGCCAUUGAAUGGACUUAUUCUGACAACAGCUGUCGUGAUUAUCUUCGGAUUAAUCUUCUUGGGGUCCUCAAGGUAUGCUCCCCCGCGCAUUCGCAUGUCAACAAUAUUAAUUAUGGUCAGCGCAUUCAACGCCAUCGUUUCGUCAUCUGUCGUCGCCCUAGACUUAUCCUACGCAAUGCCCAUCGCCGUCAACUGUCUCCGCGGCCGGAAUCUUCUCCCCCCGCGAGCGUGGAAGUUAUCGUCUGGUAUGGGGUGGCUGGCGGAUAUCCUUGGCUUGUCGUAUAUCGCCCUGACGACGGUGCUAUUUUUGUUUCCGCCUGGACGGCCGGUCACUGGGAGUAGCAUGAAUUAUUGUAUUGUUGCCUUCGCCAUCAUUGUUAUUAUCUCGGUAGGUCACUGGAUUAUACAUGGGCGGAAGCAUUUUACCGGACCUCGUGAAAUAUCAUCGUAA